GCAUUGCGCAGCCCGCCUCAGACUGUAAUUACCCAGGGGAAUCGUUUAGCGCACAGACCCGGAUUCGUAACCGCGUUGCAAUGAAUUCAUAAUGAACGUCGUAAAGUGACGUAGUAAGCUGGCCUGCUAGAGAAGCCAUGAACGAGACAAACCGAGUCGCUUCUCGUUUUCCUGCUUCAUCAAAGGGUCGCGGCUUGUGCGGUUGGUUGAUGAAACGAGGCGGACGAGUACAAACCUGGAAGAAACGAUGGUUUGUUGUUGUUGGAGACCAGCUGUUCUACUACAGAACGCCUUCGGACCCUCGAGCUCGCGAAGCAGGUUUCAUUCCUCUUCCUGGCAAUCAAGUAGUGCGGCACCCUUUCGACCCACGACAUCCCGACAAGCACAUGUUUGAAAUCGUUGCUGGAGAUCGAAGACUUCAAGUUCGAAAUCAUGAAUCAUUUAUGCUUUCUGCUGAAAGUGUGGAAGAGCUAGAGACAUGGAUAUCUGCCAUCAAUAGAAUUAUCAGAGAGCCUCUAGGUGGUGGAAUGUUUGGACGAGAAGUUGGGCGUACUGUGAAACAGGAGGCCAGACGAAGUGGAGGGGGAUAUGUUCCUCUUGUUGUGCAGACAACUGUUUCAUUUCUCAGACAAAAGGGUCUUGAUGAACUAGGUAUAUUUCGAUUGCCAGGCAAUCAGGUGAAAGUCCAAGGUUUGAAGGAAUUAUUUGACAAGGGCGAACAUCCUGAUCUACAAAGCUGUGAUGAAGUUCAUUCAGUCGCAUCUUUGCUAAAACUGUAUCUUCGAGAGCUGCCUGAGCCACUUAUUCCAUUUGAGUAUUUUGACAUGUUUAUCAGUGCAGCUUGUGUAUUAGAAAAAGAUGAAGCAGAAGGAUUGCAGCAGUGGCAUUUAUUACUGCCUUUGGGAUAGUGACUUCCUUUUUGAAUUGCAAACACAUUCUCAAAGCACUAAAAUGGACUUGGCUAAUCUUGCUACCGUGUUUGGUCCUAACUUUAUUCGACCUCAG